GAAACCGUAUCCCCCUCUCCCUGUUUUCUGUUUCUACUGUUUUUCGAUUUUUUUUUAGAUCUUCGCCUCAAAAAUAAAAAAAUUCUCUUGGUUUUCUAUAUUUUCUCUCGAUUCUUUUGAUAUACAGAGUCGCCAUUAAAUCUCUCAGUUCGGAUCGAUUUCUCUUUAAAAGUCUAGCUGCUGUAUAAAUUUUACGAUUUAAACAAAUUGAUAUGGAUGCAGAAGCUUAUUUCCAAGAAGCCAUGUCACACCACUCAGAGAUGGGUGCAGAUUUUUCUAAGUCAUGGGAAAACUCUGUUUCUUCUUCUCCUGCAAAAUGUUCUGACAGCACUGAUGAUGGUUUUCAAUGCAAUAUCUGCCUGGACCAUGCCCAUGAACCUGUAGUAACUUUAUGUGGUCAUCUGUACUGCUGGCCUUGUAUCUACAAAUGGCUUCACUUCCAGAAUUCUUCUCCUAGCAUAUCAGAUCAACAGCCACAAUGUCCUGUCUGCAAGGCGGGUGUGUCCCAGUCUAUGUUGGUUCCACUUUAUGGAAGGGGAUACUCUCUUCCUCGCCCAGAAACAGACCAUAACGACAAGGGAUCCUCUCUCGAGAUACCUUCAAGACCUUCAGCUCAUGGAGUGCAUGCCCUAACUGCCGCUAGUCCAACUAGUGAUGGUAGUAGUGGUAAUCAUUUCAGAUUGCAAUCACAGUUCCAGUCUAAUCAGCAACAACCGCAGCAUUACCCUCGGUUUUACAAUGAGACCUUGGCAUCAUUUCCUCGUUCAGGGUCCGCGACAGCAACAGUAGCCGUUCAUCCGAUGGUAGGAAUGUUUGGUGAGAUGAUGUAUGCAACUGCAAGAAUCUUUGGUAAUGGUUCUGAGAUGGGUUUAUUUGUCCAUCCGAACUCAUAUGAUUUGAUGAGGAAUAAUAGUAGCCCAAGGGUUAGAAGGCAAGAAAUAAAGACUGAAAAGUCUCUUAAUAGGAUUUCAAUCUUCCUCUUCUUCUGUGUAAUUUUAUGCCUACUCUCCUUCUGAAACUUGAUUAUUCUUCUUCUGUUUCUUUUUACUAGGUUCGUUUUACUCACUUUUUUUUCUACCUGUAUACAUACCUGUAAAUGUUUUGGGAUGAGCUUUAUGAAGAUAAAAUGUACUUGGAUAGAUAUAUCAAUUGCCAAAAAUAUCAA